AUGGAUCGCUCUACCAAACCAAGCUUCAACUUUGUGAAUCUUCAACACCCUGAUGACCUCAAGAAUGAGGAGACGCAACUCCGAAUCCGCCGUCUGGCAAUGACCGAGGUGGGCAAGGCGAGGAGAAAGCCAAAGACGAAACGGGCACGUCAUGAGAUCGUCCUCGAGUUCCGCAAACCAUCUGAGCAGAGCCGCAUGCAUGUCGAUCGCUUCGGUGGCGGCCAACUCGAUCCCUUUGGCCCUUAUCCUGUCGAACUUAAUGAUUCCGAACGGGCUCUGCUGGCUAAUGUUCUUACGACCGAGGAUAACAACCACCCUACUGUUCUGCGAGGUUCUUGGUAUCCCGUUGGACUCAGUUACAUCCCUGCUUUCUGGAACAUGCUUGCCAACUCUCAAAACUUUUUGUUUGAAAAGCGCCAUGGAUAUUUCCCUUCGCAAGACGAUGCUGUUGCACUAAAAAUUCAUCACAAGGCUCUGCGCCACACUACUGAGAUGAUGAAGGACCCAAAGAUGCACCAGAGCGACGAGCUGAUAGGUUCCAUGGUUUCCUUCAUGAUUCAUCAAGCUUUGCUAGGGAACUUUGCGGGUGAUGUCUGGCAGAAGCAUGCUGGUGCAUUAGCAAGAAUAGUGCAGCUUAGAGGGGGUUAUGAUUCCAUCAGAACAGAUUUCCUACGGGUUACAGUAAGCUGGGGAGACCUUAUAGGAAGCUUCUUUCAAGACCAUAGUCCUACUGUUCCUAUGCCAUCACAAUGGCUUAUAGAUUCUAAAUCGCCGCCAAACUCUCCACGGCCUGCCAAUGCCGUGUCUUUGUCAUGGAAGCACCAGUUGCCCAUGCAACUAGACUGGAUCACAAUAUUCGACGAUAUAGUUCAGUUGAUAUCGCUUGAUCGCAUGUUCAACGAGAAACAGCUUAUGCUCGCAAUCACAAGUGGCAGCUGGAUGGAGCCGACCGUCUACCGUCUACUGUCCAUUCGGCCCCUGCACAAAGGCAACGGCCGAGAACAUGUCAUGGAAGAAGUGUGUCGGCUCGGAACGCUACUUUUUCUAUCGCCGUUCUGGAGAGCACUCGGCCAAUCACCAGUCAGAACCUCCGCUAUAUCCCGCAACUUAUUGCUUGUCCUCUUGGACAACAUGAUUGAGUGGAACGAACUUAAACCCUUGCUCAUUUGGGCCAUUUACUUCGCCGCCAUUGAGACAAAAGAUUUGGCCGAGAGAAGCCAAUUCGUUCUAAUGCUCGGCAUCUUGAUGAGUGGCAUGCAGCUGCAAGAGUGGGACGGGCUGAUGAGCAUUGUCAAAGAGGUUUUGUGGGUAGAGAAAAUAUUUGCAGGCACCGAUGACCUAAUUCGAGAAGAAGUCAUGCAGAUUGUUAAUCACCACCGGUCAAACAAUGCGCCAUCUGAUAGCGUUCCGAUGGGCAUUUUAGAAGCUUUUGCGGCUGAUGCGGAGGAGGAGCACUAG